UUCACUCCAAGGUACAGAGUUGGUGGUUUAAUAGCUGGCAUAACCGUGUUUAACCAUGUCUAAACUUCGGAAUAACUCACAGACAUUGUUCCCAACUCUAGAUGAAAAAUCAUUGAGAGAAAACUAUAUAAGACUCGAGGAACGGUUCAAACUGGCAAGUUCAGUGAAUGAUCUAAGUCAAUUAUUGAAUGAAAUAGACGUUGCUACUCAAGAUAUAGACUUGGGACUCAACCAAUACUCGGCAAUUCAAUUGAAGAAACAUCAACAAGAAAUUACAAACAUUGAAUUGAAUAGAGCCAAGUUAUCUUCUGCAAUCACCAACUCCAAUGAAUUAAAUAAUAUUUUUUCAUCAGCGAAUAACCUUGGACAUUCAUUAACUUAUAAGAUCAAGUCGUUGGAUCUGGAGAUUGGUAACGUUAAUAAGACUUUGAACUUUGUCACUGAUAUUCAAACAUUGAAGAACAAUAUAAAUCAAGCUAACUAUGCUAUCGAACAUAAAAAUUGGAUUCUAGCUUCUCAAUGUAUUAAUACUGUUAACAAUAAAUUAGACAAUAAGUUGGUCAAUGGUGAAUUUGCCUCAGUAGUCAUUCCAUCAACAGAUAUACCUGAACUACCAAAUGUUACUGUGAAGAAAUGGACAGAACAAUUGACAGAGGUAUUCCAAAAUAACUUCAAUGAAUCUGCCACUAAACGUGAUAUACCAGAAUUGACCAAAUACUUUCAACUUUUCCCCUUAAUAGGACAGGAGGAAAUUGGCUUGAACUGUUACUCUAAGUUCAUUCGCUCAAUUAUAUCUGAUACAUCCCGUGCUUUAGUAAAUUCUGCUUCUUCUACCGGCGAUGGUCCUAAAUCCGGGUUAUUUGCUACAAUAAGUAUGCAGUUAUUUGAAAAUGUUUCCGUGAUGAUUUCUCAGCAUGCUCCUUUGAUAAAUAGGUAUUAUGGUUCAACUUAUCCCAAUGCAAUCCAAUUUGUUAUUAGUAAAAUUCAACAAGAAAUCGAUUCACAAAUAGGUUUAAUAACUGACAGUUUUUAUGAUUUGAAAAGAGUUGAAAAAAUUUUGCAAGAUACUAAACUUCAUAAGUUUUUAACUUUGAAAAAGAGAGCAGGGGUUCAUUUUGACCAGAAUAAUAACUCAAAUCAACAAGGUCAAGAGGAUGAAGCAGAAUUUGUUUCGAUUGUUGAGGUAGGGGAUUUAAUCAAUGAGUUUGCCUCUAUUUUCCAUCAUUGGGCAUUGUAUUGUAAGUUCAUAACAAUAAAUUACUUUUCGGAUUCAAAAUCAGAAUCAGAUAAACAACAGGAAGAUUUGAAACUUCCCGAUCUCCUAUUAAACUCUUCUUACACCAAAAAGAUCCAUAAAAAAUAUAUCACAGCAUUUGAAUCCUUAUAUAAAUUUUACUUCCGUCGCUCGCUUGAGAAAGCAAUAACAAUUGAAGAGUUACCACCUUUGGAUUCAUGCUUGAUCAUUUCUAAUGAUCCAAAAUCACCAGACCAGGUUCCUGUUAGUUCUGUGAUUGAAGAUUUUGCCUUAGUAUUACAUUCAGUACUAAGAAAUAUAGUUGACUGUGGUCAAUCUACAUCGGUUAAAAACUUUAUCAAUGAUUGUUUACCAGUAAUGAAAAAUGAUUUGAUCAAUGGAUUUUUAAUAAAGUCCAUAAAUGAUAAUCCACCACGUUAUAAUGCAACUUUGAGUUUAGUUGCUUCUUCUACAUCGCAAAACGGACCCUUGAGCAAUAAUACCAGUCCUGGAAUUUCAAGAAGUAAUACUCCCGCUCUUGAAUCAAACGUUGCAGGUACGGGAAUGGGAUUUUUCAAAGGCGCUUCAAGUGCUCUUGGUAAUGUUGUUGGUGGAGCUAGUGGAGCAGCGGCAGGUCUUGCGACAACUACCUCCAAUAAUACCAAGUUAACUAACUUUGUUAUUUAUUUAAAUACCAUUGCAAUGGGUCAAGAGUAUAUGACGAAAAUUUUUCAAAAUAUAACAAAGGGUAACCUGAAUAGCUUAAAAUCAAUUUAUCCAUUUGGUAAAAACAACGAACAAGUUUUCAACAUUCUUAAGAAUGAAUUAGUUGAGCCAUUCAAUACUAUUCUUGGUAAAAUUAUACUGGAUUCAUUAAUCAAUUUUUAUAAUCAAUCCUUGAAGAAUAAAAUAAUAGGUUUUAUCAAUGAAAUGUUCCCAGAUACAACCGAUUCCGCUUAUAUCAUUUAUUCAUCAAAUAGUCUUAAUGAUACUAGCUCCAUAUUGAAAUUCACAAAUAGUUGGCAGUCAUUAAUAAGACCAUAUAAACAAAGUUUCCACAAAUCUUUGAUUUACGAUAAACUAUGCAGACUUUUAGUUGUUAAUGUUGCUAACUUAAUUGAAAAAAAAUUAACUAUGGUGUUAAAUAAAUUCAGAAUUAAUGAAUUAGGUGCAUUAAAAUUAGAAAAAGAUUUAUCAUUUAUUAUUAAUGAAGUUUGUGAAGAUAAUUAUGAGUUAAGAGAAAAAUUUUUAAGACUUACCCAGCUCGUAUUGUUAAUUGGUAUGGAUGAAGAUGAAUACGAGCUCAGCAUUCAAAAUAAACCACCUAAAGAUGAUAAUAAUGAAGAUGAAGAUGAUAUAGAAUUAUUAGGUAUUAAUUGGGUUUUAACACCUCAAGAAAGAAAUCAAUUCAGAAAGUAUCGCAUAUAG